GUUGCAUCCACGAUGUUCAAAGCGUUAUCUGGACAGGGCCGACACGCACUUUGCCACGUUCCGUAGUUGAAGAAACGCAAGAUGUAACAGUUAUGGACAAAUUAUUGAAAGUGGUUAGGACUCGCUCUGAUCCUGCCUAUCAUGCGAUCAUGCCUAUGCGGACCCCAGUCAAAUGGUCGGAAACACUGCUAAAUACUGCGCCCAAGCCUGGAGAGGAGGCUACCGUUCAACCAACGCCUAUCGAUUUGACUCCGAGAUAUAUGCAUGACUCUUAUACAGAGCUUAUACUUCCUUUUGGGUCUUCGCUGGAAUUAUUGGAAGAGUACAUAAAUGCUCAUGGCACAAUCAGGACCGGCAAGCUUAUGGAGCACCUCGAUUCACUAGCCGGGUCGAUUUCCUACAAGCAUACACUUGGGCCAGGCGUUGAGACUCUUGGUCGCAUCAAGGAAAGGGGAUUCUACAUCGUUACAGCGUCGGUGGACAGACUUGAUAUGCUCGCCAACUUGGACCCCACCAGAGACCUUCGCCUAAGCGGUCAGGUCAUAUACACCGGCAAGAGCUCUAUGGAAGUAGCUGUGAAAAUGGAGAGUAUUGGUGGUAGCAAGGAUAAGAAAACAGUGCUUCUCGGUCGGUUUUCUAUGGUAUGCCGUGAUGCUAACACCCACAAAGCGCGGAAUGUGAAUCCUCUGGUCAUCAGCACUCCAGAAGAAGAAGCAUUGUAUGCUAUGGGUGAAGACAUGAAGCGGCGACGUCAAUCUGUGGCGCUGCGCUCCUUGGACCGUGUGCCUCCCAGCUCAGAGGAGGCCGAAGCGUUACAUUCGUUCUAUCUCAACUAUGGUCUAGACGAAGCCAAGGAUAUAGACCGUGUCUGGAUGGGAGACACUCGUGCAGAAAAGUGCAUGCUCAUGUUCCCACAGGAACGGAAUGUUCAUCAAAAGGUCUUUGGUGGACACCUUAUGAGAUUGGCAUAUGAGCUCGGCUUCGCCAACAGUAGCAUGUUCACCCGGGGUCCUAUACGUUUCUUGUCGCUGGACGGUAUCUCCUUCGCCAAACCCGUUCCUAUCGGGUCUAUCCUUCGUUUGACAUCAUACAUCCUGCACUCGACCACAUCGGCCCAGUUUCCCAUGAUUGUCCACGUAGGAGUCACAGCCAAUGUUGUAGACGCAAAGACCGGCUCCGAGCAUACGACGAAUGAGUUUAGGUUCACCUGGGCCAAAGAAGAGGGGCACAAACUCAACCGAAAGGUCGUGCCGAAGACCUAUAAAGAGGCAAUGCUUUGGCUUGAAGGAAAGAGAGCGCUAGAGCUCGGAGACCAAAUCCGCGGGAUGCGGAGUCACAUCAAGGAAUAACCACAGGACAACGCAAGUCAAUCACAUCUGAAUGACGUUUUAAAUUGAAUGGAUACAAAACCACUACGAGGAACUAGAUGAAUCUUAUCGUAUAAUAUAAUCACAUACAAG